AUGACGAACUCGAUCCCAAUCAGUCACAAUGGCGUGCAACUGAUUCCCCGUCCGCUGGGCGCCGACGAUCCGCUUCGCUGGCCGAGGUCUGUCAAGCUGGCUGCACUCUUCUCGUCGGCGCUGACGAACUUUACGGCCAACUUUGCGGGAUCGGGACUAUCGGUAUCAGUGAAUAUCCUCAUGGCGCAGUUCAACAAGACGGCGAAUGAAGUCAAUGCACUCAUGACGCUUAAUUUCCUCCUCCUUGGCCUGGGAAACCUCUUUUGGGUUCCUUUUGCAGUCAAGUUCGGAAAACGGGCUUCACUAAUCACUUCGACGACUUUGCUUCUUGCGGUUCUGCUGUGGAGCGCCAACGUGACCAGUUUCGAACAGCUGCUGGCUGCGAGAUGUAUUUCCGGCUUUGCGUCGGCUGCAGGCGAGAGUAUUGUGCCAGGAAUCGUUUCCGACAUGUUUUUCCUCCAUGAGCGCGCCGGAAUGAUGUCCUUCUUUACCAUCUUGAUCGCUGGCGCCUCGGCAGUUGGCCCCUUGGUGGCAGCCUUCAUCGUCCAGUACAGCCCCGGGACAUGGGUUGACUACAUGUGGGUUUGCGUGGCCUUGGCUGCGUUCAACGUGGUCUUGCUCGUCUUUACCCUGCCCGAAUCGAGCUACAGCCGCGAGGAGGCUGAGGCGAUCCAGGGCGUCGAGAUCCGAGAUGUACACGUUGCUGAGCCCGGGUCCAAGGCCGGUUCGUCCGAUGCUGAAAAGCCGGUUACGUCUGAGGCGCAGGAAGACGAGAACACCCUCGUGGUCGACAAGCCCUGGUCCAGCAUCUGGCCGACCUUUUUCACCAUCAACAAGUCGACGGGAUCUUUCCAUCACAUAUGCCUGCGCCAGUUGACUCACGUUCUGUACCCGGAUGUCCUGUUUACCAUUUUUGUCUACGGAUCCAGCCUUGCCUCGCAAAUCAUCCUGAUCUUUGCCUUCCCGGGCUUGCUCCUGGCCCCUCCGUACCUCUUUCAGCCCACCGGCGUGGGCCUGAUGCAGGUGGCCGCCCUGAUCGGUAUCUUCAUCGCCACGUUUCUGGGCGGCUACGUCGUCGACGUCAUCACACAGCGCAUCAUUAUCCGCCACGGCGGCGUCGUGUUUCCCGAGCAGCGGCUUCUCACCCUCCUGCCCGGCUGUCUGAUCGCCCCGGCUGGCUGCAUCCUGACGGCAUUUUCGUGCGCUGAGCGCCUGCACUGGGCCGCGAUUGCUUUUGGCUUUGGAAUGGUCUCGUUCGGCACCGUCUACGCCCCCAACAUCGCGGCCACCUUCGUCGUCGAGGCCCACCCCCAGCACGCCGAGGAGGCCCUCGUCGCCAUCAACGUGUUCAAGAACCUGGUCGCCUUCCUGUUCCUCUACACGGCCGUGGACUGGGUCCAGUCCCAGGGCUGGCUGCAGGUGUACAUGAUAAUGUUCAUGCUGGUGUCGCUGAGCAUGCUGGCCGCCGUCCCGCUCUACUACUUCCGCGGGCCCCUGCGCGCCUACUGCCGCAGGAUCGAUAAACUCUUGUAA